AUGUCUCCUCCUGUGAGCAGAAAAAGCACCAAGGAGGAGACUCAGCUGAGCCAAGGCAGCAGGGUGGAGUCCGUGGGCCCGGGCCCCAUGGAGGCAUCCAGUGUCUUGGAAGCCAUGGUGGCAAAAAACAAAUGUGCCAUCUGCUUGGACUGUUUGAGAGAGCCUGCCACCCUCGAGUGUGGGCACAACUUCUGUCACUCCUGCCUGCAACAGGUCUGGAAGGAAGCACAGGCCCCAUCGCCUUGCCCCGUGUGCCACCACCCAUGUGGAGAGAAGCAGCGGGUUGCCAACAGCUUGCUGGCCAAGGUGACUGCCCUCACCCAGCUCCUCCAGAGCAGCAGCGACAGAGAGGAGAGGCAGCAGGAGGACCACCUGUGUGAGAAGCACAAGCAGGUGCUGAGUCUCUUCUGUGACAAGGACCUGGAGGUGCUGUGUCGUGGCUGUGUGCAGCUGAGCCCUGAGCACCAGGGCCACCCUAUCAGGUCUGUGGAGGAGGCUGCUAUGCAUUAUCGACAGAUGACCUCGGGUUUCAUCGCUCCCCUGCAGCAGCUUCAAGGCUCCUUUCAGAUGAAACAAGACCGACAGAAGAGAGGCCUCCAGCAACUGCAAGAAUGGGGGAGAAGACAGAGCCGGCAGCUCCACUCGGACUUGGAACACAGGCUCCAACUUGUCAACAGGGAACAAGAGGCAGCUCUCUCCAGGCUAGCUGAGCAAGAGGCCAAGAUUCAGCAGAGACUGCAGAUUCACAAGAGUGCCUUGAAAGACCAACUCCGCACCACUGAGGCUCUGCUCCAGGAGGUGGCAGGCAAGACUGUCAUGCCAGACAGGAACCUGCUGCCUGAGGUGGGCAGGAUCCCUGAGAGGUGUGAGGGCCUGCAGCACCCAGCUCUGGGCUCCUUGCAGCUGAGGAGGGAGGACUGCAGUCUCCCUCCACUAGAUUCAGCCCUGGACAGGUUUCGACAGAAGUUCAGAGCCCAGGUGACUCUGGAUCCACACACUGCACAUCCCCUGCUCUCUGUGUCCAAGGACCGGCGAAGUGUGACCCCGAAGAAGAGAAGGAGCAAAGUUCUGCAGAGACCACACAGCAUGACUUUGCAACUCCCAGUGCUGGGCGCUGAAGAAUUUCAUGCUGGCCGUCAUUACUGGGAGGUGCGGGUGGAGGACAAGCCCAGCUGGGCUGUGGGGCUGUGUAGCCUCUGCCCAUCCAGCAGGACACAGCAGCAGCUGGAGCAGCAGAAGCAGCAGAGGAAGAAGAACCCUGAGAAGGACAACAAGGAGGAGAAAGAGGAGAAGAAGGAGCAAGAAGCACUACUAGUCAAGGACAGGCGCUGGACUAUUCAACUGCAGCAGGAUGGAGACUAUGUAGCCAGAGGUGCACUCUCCGUUCUUCUGGCCCCGAAGACCAAGCCCACAGGCAUUGGAGUGUACCUGGACUGGGAGCUGGGGCAGAUCUCCUUUUACACUUUGAAUGACAGGUCUCUCCUCCAUUCUUUCCGGGGGGAGAGAUUUGCUCAUCCACUGAAGCCUUAUUUCACUGUGGGAGCAGAUUCUCAUCCACUUACCAUCUGUGAAGUAGGAUUUCUCACUCGUCAGAGAGUUACAAAUGCCCAACUGCCCAAGAAACUGAAGAUCAGUCUGCUGACCAAGGGUAUUUUGAAGCAGAUUAUUUAUAUCCCUCUAUGUCACAUUAUGAGUCCCCGGAGGGCGUCCUACUUCAAAAAAGGCCUCAAAAUUGCAGCUAUGAUGGUUUUGACUGUUCCUGCGAGAUUGCUGCAGGAACCCAUCCCCAAAAACGUCUUUCCAUCGAAGAAAGUAUUGAAUCAGGAGGAUCUCACUCACCAGUCAGUCACAAAUGCCCAACUGCCCAAGAAACUGAACAUCAGUCUGCUGACCAAGGUUAAUCUUGACAUGGACAUCACACUUUACCUUGUUUAUCUGAUUGAUUGA